CAGUCGUCGAAUUAACACAACUAUGAAAUGGAGACUGAAGACGCUGAGGGCCCUAAUGAUGGAGUUCCUUUCUGUAAAGGCGGUGGCGUUUUUUCAAAAGGCCAUGGCAAAAAGACUACCUCUAAGAAGACAAAGCCAUCUUCUCCAGCUUCCCAGAAUACGAGUUCCUAUGAUGACACAUUGCCUCUUCCUGAUAUCUCCGCCCCAACAUUUUCUAUGGGUCAGUUAUCAAGCAUCUUCUCCAAUUCGUUAGCUUAUGUUAAUGAUACAAAAUUUACUCGCACUUGCAACGUGGUUUCUAAGAUUUGUGACGCUCCCUCUUUGAGUGACGAGUCUUUGCAAGGUGCUGCCUCUGCUUUGACUCCAAGCUUUCAAUUCGCACUCGGAUCUUUGAAUGCUCGUGCGUCAUAUGCGGUCACCAAUGAUUUGCAUAGGAGGGUUCAUCAUCUUGAGGCUGAGAAGCAGAAACUCAGUGAUGAGCUUUCCACUUAUAAGAACAUUGUGACUAAUCUUCGUGAAAGAAAUCAACAGUUGGUUGGUACUGAACAAAGGAUUCUUUAUGAGAAUAAGAGUUUGAAAUCGGAGCUGUCUGCCAGAAAUGAUAAAUGCUGCAGGCUUAAGAAAAAGUUGGUGGUCACUGUUUCCAACUUGAGUAAGGAUGUGCUUCGCGUACGUGAAGCGGCUAUCAAAAAGACUGCGAUGGAGAUCUGCUCUAAACAUAGCAUUCCUGUUCAAAAUUAUGGUUUUGCUGAAGUCCCUGCCAACGAAGAAGCUUCCGACAUUUCUGAUAGUGAUGCGGAAUCUGAGGAAUGUGAAGAAACUGAAGAUGGGGAUGAUGGUCGCUCUAAGACUGGAAAUAACCCUGAAUUCGAAGAAGAGAGAGGUGAAGUUGAUAUGGGUGGGAAAUGA